AUGUCCGCACAGACUGACAUCCUAGACUACUGGGACCACGCCAUUCCGCAGGUUGCCAUAGAACUCACCACGAUCGUCGGGCUCGUCAUCUUCCUAUUCAUCAUCACCGUGGGCGGUGGGCCAAGCGGGGACGCCAUCGGCUUCCGGUACUGGAACGACCCCGGGCCGAUGAACGAGUACCUCCGGCCCGGCGCCCUCAGCCGUUCCCUCGCCUUCUGGAAAGUCUUCAUCCAAGCCACCUUCUCUUGCGACGGGAGCGAAAUGGUCGUCGUCGCGUCCGGCGAGACGAAGAACCCGCUUCGCAAUAUCCCCAAAGCCCUUGUCUCUUGA